UUAUACAUAAGCCGGGUAAUUGAAAUCGCUAUUGACCAACACCAACGGCCCCAGCCUGCUGUGGACUCCGUAAAUUUAACAUUGCGAGCAGUGGCUCCCUCACUAUAGUCUCUAUAGCCGGUUCGAUCAUCGAUGCCUAUUCAUUCAUACAUUUGUCACUAGCCGUCACUUCGUCAGUCGUCAGGUUACGGAGAAACGUCAAACAUUUAAUAGAUUGAAAAAUUAUAUCAACAUGAGGUACGGUCAAAUAGUGAUUGGUCCCGCUGGUUCUGGAAAGUCGACCUACUGUUCAGCAAUGCAGAGACAUGCUGCCAAUGAUAGAAGAACAGUUGAUGUUGUUAAUUUAGAUCCAGCUGCUGAACAUUUUGACUAUAAACCUCUUUUUGAUAUCCGUGAUUUGAUUACGGUUGACGAUGCCAUGGAAGAUGAAGAAUUAAAAUAUGGCCCCAAUGGUGGUUUAGUAUUUUGUAUGGAAUUUUUAACUGAAAAUUUACCGUGGCUUGAGGAACAGUUAGGAGAUGUUGAUAAUGAUUACAUUAUCUUUGAUUGUCCUGGACAAUUAGAACUUUACACUCAUAUGACAGUUAUGAGAGAUUUGAUCAAGUGUUUGCAAAAUUUGAAUUUCCAUUUAUGUGUAGUUUUUAUCAUAGACAGUCAAUUUAUUGUGGACCCAUCUAAAUUUUUGUCUGGAACGAUGGCUGCUUUGACUGCAAUGAUUAAUUUAGAGCUACCCCAUGUUAAUAUUUUAGGUAAAAUGGAUUUACUUUCAAAAACAGCAAGGAAACAAUUGGAUAAAUAUUUGGAACCUGAUCCAUUAGAAUUAUUAAUGGAUGAAGAGGAAGAUGAGUAUUCAAAUCUAACCCAAACAUUAGGUAAAGUAAUAGAUGAUUACAGUCUAGUAAGAUUUUUACCUUUAAAUAUGAAGGAUGAGGAAAGUAUAGCAGAUGUAAAAAUGACAAUUGAUAACAUUAUCCAAUAUGGUGAGGAAGAAGAUGUUAGAACAAGAGAUUUUGAUGAACCAGAGGAAGAAGAGAAUGAACCAUAAUUGAAUGUAUUUAAACUUGUAAAUAAUUUGUAAAUAGAGCCUUUGAAACAAUCUUACCAUUUUUGUACUCAUAAUUGUUGAUUGAAUGAUUAAAAGUUUUAUCAAGCAAUAAUUUACUAUUUCAUUUGUACAAAUUAAACUUCUAGGACAAACGUUGUAAAAGUUAUUAAUGCAAAAUGCUGUUGAUGGAAAGGCUAGCAUAUACUACAAUGUAAAAAAACUAUACUAAUUUACAUUUAUGG